GCAAGCUUCAUGGGGGUGAAAAAACCCGAGAGAGGAGACGAAUAACGGUACACUCCAAUAUUUACGGAGCCGAUCCCCGCAUUUAACCGCACCACAUUGGCGUCUCCUCCUGUGAUGCAUGCAUGAAUAAAUGUGUUUGGAAACGGACGCGGUGAACGGCGUGUUGGGGCUGACGAAAACAAGCGGUCCACCAUUGUCUGCGUAGAAAUAAGAAUGGCCUGGAUGUGUAAGAGGAAGUCGUUGAUCGCCACCAGUCUGAUCGUGGCAGUGUCGCUCUUUGUGGUCGUGGUAUACUACGCGGAGAAGCCCUACUUCCUCCUGCAGCCAGUGUUCGGUCAGACGAUCAGUAGUCACCAGAUGUUCUCCAAGCAGCCCUAUAAGGCCUUCAAGCCUCACCCAGGCUAUGUUAGCAUUUCCAAACAGGAGCAUCUGAAGCUGCACUGUGAGCUCUGCAGCAUCGUGUCCAGCUCUGGCCAGAUGUUGGGUCAGGCUGCCGGCCCGCAAAUCGACCGCUCUCACUGCAUCUGGCGGAUGAACAACGCACCCACAAAGGGCUUCGAACGUGACGUGGGCCAGCGGACCACGCUGAGAGUUGUCUCGCACACCAGCGUCCCCCUACUGCUGCAGAAUGCCAAGUACUUCUUCGGCCAGGGUAAUGACACCGUGUACGUUGUGUGGGGGCCUCUACGAAACAUGAGGAAGGAUGGGAACGGCAUUGUGUACAACAUGCUGCAAAAGGUGGCUGAGAACUACCCUCAUGCACGCAUCUAUGUCACCACAGAGGACAGGAUGAAAUACUGCGACAUGGUUUUCAAGAAUGAGACGGGUAAAGACAGGAUCCAGUCCGGCUCCUACCUCAGCACCGGCUGGUUCACUCUCAUCCUCGCCAUGGACAUGUGCAAAGAGAUCCAUAUCUACGGGAUGAUAAAUGACACCUAUUGCAAGACGGAGGGUUACAGAAAGGUUCCCUAUCACUACUACGAGGCGGGCACCCGGGACGAGUGUGCAGAGUAUCUGCUCCAUGAGAGCGCCCCCUACGGUGGGCACCGCUUCAUCACCGAAAAGUCUGUGUUCACCAAGUGGGCCAAAACUCAUGCCAUCAAGUUCUUCAACCCACUUUGGCAGCUGUCGUGACCCUGGCUGAACCGACAUGGAAAUACUACACCAUCAUCGUCAUUAUCAUCAUUGUCGUCAUCUGGGGACCAGCUGGGCCUCUACGCUGACCGAAAGUGUGUUCCCUGAUGUGCACAAACAUCAUUCUUGGCACAAAUUUCACUUCAUAUCCAUUUUAAAAACGUUGGUUGAUGGCUGUUUGUCAAGUUCUGGAUGGCUAAUAUCCAGGAAGUGCUGGUUGUUGUUUUUUUGAAGGCCACUCAAUCAGACAGACUGCCGGUCAAUCCUGGACAGCAAAAACAUAUCUCUUGCUUCUUAAGUCUUUUUCCUCUGAAUUUGAAAGCUGAAGAAAGUGCCCAGCACGCCGCUCUUUAUUGACUAAUCGAUCCAUUCGCUGCUCUGUGAGUUUAGCAAAGGAUGGCUCGUAGACUAAUUUAAAAAAAAAAAAAAAAAAGAUUAGAAAACAACAGGAAGAAGUGAAACCAUCUGUUCACUUUCUGUGACCUCAGCAGCUCACAUGUCUGCAGGCCUGCUGAAUUAAAGUGUUUUUCAGGACUGUAGAGCUCAGCUGCUGUCAAGACGGGUCACAUUGCCAUGGAUGCUUGACGAGCUCGCCUACUCUGUUUCCUCUGCGCGUCUGUCUUCUUCUGCCAGGCUGUAAUUAAUCUAUAACAAGUAUCAUUCAGGCCUUUGUCUCUGACUGAGGGAUCAUUGAAGGCAAUUUUCAAUUUACUCUGCAGCGUCUAAAAAAGCUUCAACAAACAGGGUCAUUUGAAAAAAGGAGACAGCAAAAAAAACCAAGGUGAACGAGAGUUGUACAUGUAAAUCAGUUUUUUUUAUAUCAUUAUGCUUGGUUGUUAAGCUGUGUGUAAACUCAGACAGCUUAAAGAUGUCAGCUUUUUAUUUUAAUUUUAUAAUGCUGUGAAAUCUUUUGGCUUGAUGUCGGUAUAGGUUGCUAAUUUAUUCUGCAGAGACAAGUUGCUAACACUCUUUAACAGUGUGCUAUUGACAAUGUGGGCAUCACAAGCACAUAGAGCAAUGUGCAAUAAGAAACUCCAUACUUACGGAAGGAGUUAAAUCAUCUGUGGCCCCGCAGAGGGAGAGAUUUAUGUGUGCAGUGAAACCAUUUGAAGUUAAUUGUAUUCUAUUAUCAUUUUGUGCCUGCAAUAUACUCUGCAGUUCAUUGUAUAGAGACAGAGGAAGAGGCUCCCUCUCUCUCGCUUGCUCAUAUUCUCAUCCAGCUUUGUGCCUCUUUGUGUACAGUAUCACUGUGUGAACACAUAUUCCCAUUUCUCUUUGAACGCAGUGUGCAUGUCUCCUGGUUCAGGUCAUUACAUUUGAAUGCAUCUGAUUCAGGACAGUGAAGAAUAAUCAGUGGCGUGCUGAGGUGUGUAGGUUGGCCGGUAGCUAUGGAGAGCUGAUACACUGACUGUGACCGUGACUCCACCCCCCCCCUCCCUCCUUGAGGCUGUGAUUAGUGUCCCGGUCAGAGCCGCUGCCCAGAGGGGAGGACUGGAAGGAUUCAAAGUCUUCUAAUUUAGGCGACUUGAUGCACAGGGUCCCUGACGACUGUAAUAUACUGCAGCAGAGCUUCACAAUCUCACUCCUACUGCACUGUUUACUAGCACACAUAGGCACUCCAUUUUGGACUCUUUCUCAGUAAGCAUUGGUUUGGUGAUUUACAGGUCAAAAGACAUGUAGGUUUAAACUUGCGGGUUUUUGGAUAUGUUGGCCGAGAUGUAGCUACCGUUGAGGUAAUGCUGUUGAAAAAAUUAUUGUAUGUAACUGAGACAUCUAUAAAAACUACCUCGCUUUCCACUGCUCAAACGUUUUCAGGACCCCAGGAACAUUUUUAAGAAAUGUUUCCUGCAGGAAACAGGGUCUAAAUUCAGUUCCUUGCCCCCCGAAAAGUUCCCACUGUGUGUAGCACAUACCCCCAGGAACUAAUUGACUGGCGUGCUCCUGUAUAACUUGUGUACAACAUUCAUUCACACAGCAAGCAAGCAAACAAUAGCCACUGGUAUUCAUAUUAUGACUAGCAGUGGAAAUUUCUUCUAAUGUUUGUUGAUGUUGCAUGUAACUGCAAAAACAAUGACUCUUUGUUGUUUUGUGUGAAAAAUUGCAUCUCAAACAAAGCUGCAUUUGUUGAUCCAUUAUAAGUCCAAUUUCAAUCUUCACUGUUCUUCACUUGCAGCGGAAACACAAACAAAAAUGUUUUUGAUUUUGUUCAUGAGUUUAGUGCCUAAAACUAUGUGGUUGAAAAGGGGCUAAUUAACUUUUCAAGCUAAUUUAGUUUUUCUUUAAAUUUUUUUUCAUCAAACUACUAUUUCCAAGAAUGAACUUUCAUGCACACUGAUGGGAACUUCAACUUAUACAUCUGAGCUAAUGUAGAUUGUGUGACACAGUUGAAAGCUCCAGAAAAAGCUAAUAUUUUAAAUUUAUUCCACUUUUAACCCAGAUGUCUAGACAUAUUUUGUCCUGCAAACAACCCAAACCCUGCUUUCUGGGUUCUUGUGUGUCAGCUGCAUGUUUGGAAAACAAAACAUGUUUGGCUUGAGGAACAGGAAAAGAAAAUCUGAUCCCUUUCUGUUUUCCAUACAGAGUAAGGCACCCCAAAACUUACAAAGAAUGACCUACAACUCUAAACUCAUUGUAAGUCCGCCUAGCUGACAAGAGCAUCAGCAAAAUGUAAAAACUCCCUAUUUUAAAUUCCACCUGGUGUAGCUCCGCGUGUAGGAGAUGACCGUAACACAGGCGGGGUCAGGGGUCAGAUUUCCUGUGGGACGACACUCGUGCUCGAGAGGUAUGCAGUAUCCCGGCACUGUGAGCAUCUGCAGAUCAAAGUAUAUCAACCACACAAUGUUAGUAAAGCAGAAACACUUACGGUAUUAUUACUCCUGUUAAGGAAGAGGGAAGAUAAGAUCUGGGCCUCUCAGUAUCUUGAUACUGAAUUCAUACAGUAUGCCAUGCAUGUUACAUGAUUAAUGUACAUAUUUUAUACAUUUCCACUCAGCCUGUGAUUGUGCAGUCAUCUGGCAGCUUUCCACCAAUCAGUUUUACCUCUGCUGUACAGUAUAGUCACCAUUAAUUGUAAAGCGCUUCACACCUAGAUUUUAAGUUGUUUAGUCGUCUCAUCUUUUUGAGGUGUGUUAGGGUGCAUUAUGUAAUUUGUUUUAAAUUGUUUACUCAACAACUGGAAGAGUUUCUUUCUGUUCAUCUUCCAUCCUUCUUUUAAUUAGUUUUUUUUUAAAAUAAUGGUUGCUUUUAUUUUUUGUUGAUGCAGUGGUAUGUGUGCUGCAUUGUUUUUCUGCUGCAGAUUGCGUGUUGCCAACAUUUUCUGCUGCUUCAGGCUGUGCUCUCGGUUAUUUUUCUCAUCAACAAACGCUUCAUUGUUCUCAGCCAGAACACACUGGAAGAAUAUCCAUAGAUAUUAUGGAAAAUACGCCCUUAUAUAGGCUCCCAUGAAUCAUCUGUCGCUCGCAGGAAGAGGACUGGAGACACAUUAGCUGUGAAUUAGGAACACUAUGGAUGAAAGUGUGAGCAUAGUGGGAGUCAAAAUAUUCUUUUAAUUUUCAGGGAUACAUUUUUUUCAAGAUUUGUUUUAACUUUAAAAGGAACAGUUUGAGUUUUUGGAAGAAAAAACACACUUAAUCGCUGUCCGGUAGUUGGAUCACAAGUUUGAUUAUACCACUCCUAUGUGCAGCCAGCAGCUGGCUAGCUUAGCUUAGCACAAAGACUGGAUUCAGGGGGAAACAGCUAGCCUGGCAAAUGUCCAAAGGUAAC